AAGCAUACCCAAUGAGCGCACUCGAGCACCUCCCCAAAAUCUUCUGAUUACAAGCGCUGGAUGUUUACAAAUGACGCGCGCGCAUAAAGGCGACAGAUGAGCAGAGCUGCUUCAGUAUACAGGUACAAGAAAGGGAUGGAUCACCGACCGGCGGAUUUCACUCUUUAUGGACGAGCAAAGUCAACAUUUUAGUGCAACCGCAUCCUGGAAUAUUCUUGCAUUUAUCUCACUGUCUUUCUCAUUUUACGCUUUAAAAAUCAACCCGUUUUUUCGCGCACAAACAUGUUUUUGUUCCUAAGGUCAGUUCUUCUUGUUAACGUGUUUUAUGCUCAAUUGGAAAUUGUGAAUUCUAUGCAGAGUCAGAUGUGCGUGCCCGUCAGACUGGAUCAUGUCAAGAACAAUUUAGUCAGUGAUGAAGACAACACGUUGCCGCAAACAGUUGUGUUCAAAAUAAGUGCAUUCGAACAAGAUUUUGUCCUCGAAUUACAGUCGGACUCCAGCUUCCUUGCGCCUGCUUUCUCGACGCACACCGACGCAACUGCUCAAAAUUCCGCGCACAGUGAAGAUCUGAGCCGGUGUUUUUAUGCCGGUGAGGUGAAUUCUGAUCCUUAUUCCUAUGCAGCGCUCAGCUUGUGCAAGGGACUGCAGGGCGCAUUCGGUUACGAUGACUGGGAAUAUUUCAUCAAGCCGGCUUUAAACGACACAGACUGGGACAGUAUGCAUGCGCAUCUCAUCAGCCGCAGAUCUAACGCUAAUCUGAGUGGCAACUCCACGUCAAGAUGCGGCGUGGACAGCGGUGUGACCCAAACCGUUGCACAGUCUUUGGCGAAGUUUAAGCACCUAAAGGAACAACACAUGAGUAACGUCACUAUGUCAGUUCUGAAAAACCGCUCGAAGAGAUUUGUCUCCAUUCCGCGUUAUGUAGAGACAUUAGUGGUGGCCGAUGAAUCCAUGGCCAAAUUCCACGAUGACGACCUCAAGCAUUACGUGCUGACAUUAAUGUCAGUGGCAGCUAAGCUUUACAAACACCCCACUAUUCUUAACUCUAUCAACAUCGUGGUUGUCAAGUUUAUGGUGAUUAACGAGGAAGAGAAAGGACCCAAGGUUUCCGGGAACGCCGCGAUGACCCUGCGUAAUUUCUGCACCUGGCAGAAGAAGCUGAACAAAAACAGCGACAAGCAUGCGGAGUAUUGGGAUACAGCCAUCCUAUUUACAAAACAGGACCUGUGCGGAGCCUCAACAUGUGACACACUGGGUAUGGCAGAUGUCGGCACCAUGUGUGAUCCCAAGAGAAGUUGUUCUGUGAUUGAAGAUGAUGGGUUGCCAUCUGCCUUCACUACUGCCCACGAGCUUGGCCAUGUCUUCAAUAUGCCACAUGAUAAUGUUAAGGCAUGUGAGGAGGUGUUUGGCAAGCUGCAGAACAAUCACAUGAUGUCUCCCACUCUGAUCCGAAUCAACCGCACCAGUCCCUGGUCACCAUGCAGUGCUGCCAUUAUCACUGACUACCUGGACAGUGGACACGGCGAUUGUCUGCUGGAUCAACCUCAGAAACCGUUAGCUCUUCCAGAUGUGCUCCCAGGUGCAUCGUAUGGUUUAGAGCAACAGUGUGAGCUUGCCUUUGGUGGCGGCUCAAAGCCUUGCCUGUUCAUGCAGGCACCAUGUCAGCGCUUAUGGUGCACAGGGAAGACCCGCGGGCAACUGGUGUGCCAGACAAGACACUUUCCAUGGGCAGACGGAACCAGCUGCGGGGACAGACAGCUCUGCAUGAGGGGCACAUGCAUGGACAAACAGGAGAUCACCAAAACUAAGGUGGAUGGCAGAUGGGGUAAAUGGGGGCCGUUUGGUACCUGUUCCAGAACUUGUGGAGGUGGAGUGCAGCUGUCAAAGAGAGAGUGUGACAACCCUGUGCCAGUCAAUGGCGGCAAAUACUGCCAGGGAGUGAGGGUCAAAUACCACUCCUGCAACCUCUUCCCAUGCCCUGACACAGGCAAGAGCUAUCGUGAGGAGCAGUGUGAAGCUUACAAUGGGUUUAGUCUGAAUACUAACCGGCUUACCCCCUCUGUGGUGUGGGUCCCCAAAUAUUCUGGUGUUUCGUCUAAAGAUACAUGCAAGUUGAUCUGCAGGGCAAAUGGAACAGGCUACUUCCACAUUCUUGCACCAAAGGUUGUUGAUGGUACACCAUGUUCUCCUGACUCCUCAUCAGUCUGUGUCCAAGGCAAAUGCAUCAAGGCAGGAUGUGAUGGAAAACUGGGAUCCAACAAGAAGUUUGACAAGUGUGGUGUCUGUGGAGGAGAUAAUAAAAACUGCAAGAAGGUCUCAGGCCUUUUCACCAAGCCCAUGCAUGGUUACAAUUUUGUGGUCAUGCUUCCUGUGGAAGCGUCUAACGUUGACAUCAGGCAGCGUGGCUACAAGGGCAUUGUGAGCGAUGACAACUAUCUUGCCGUCAAGAACAGCCAGGGCAAGUACCUGUUGAAUGGAAACUAUGUGGUUUCAGCCAUGGAGAAGGAUAUUCUGGUGAAAGGGAGUCUGAUCCGCUACAGUGGAACAGUUGGCUCCUCAGAAACUCUUCAGGCUGUGAAGCCUCUGGGGGAAGCCCUGGUAAUUGAAGUGCUAUCUGUGGGCCAGAUGACACCUCCACGUAUCCGCUAUUCUUUCUACUUGCCACGAGAGAGCAAAGAUACCAAGGUGCAAAAGAAAGAAGAAAAGGCACGUGCUGAAAACAGUGUUCUUAGAGAAGAGGGCGGAAUCAAUAAAGGUGGAAAAGAGGCAGAUCUUCUUAAGGACAAAAUCUCACCUUCAUAUGUCAAAGAUAUUGGGCUGAAACCAGGGAAGUGGGUGGCGGCAGGGUGGGAUGUGUGCUCGGUUACUUGUGGUAAUGGACUGCAGAGAAGGAUGGUGCAGUGUCUUGGGGGAGAUGGUGGGCCUGGAAUGGACUGUGAGCCUGCCCAAAAGCCCAGUGCUAUUCGGGCAUGUGGAGAUCCUUGCCCCAUGUGGGAGGUGGGUGACUGGUCCCCCUGCUCCAAGACCUGUGGGAAGGGGUUCAAACGGCGCCUGAUUCGCUGCGUUACAAAUGUGGGAAAGUUGCUUCCCAGGGAGAAGUGUGCAGACAAAAAGAAGCCACAGGAGCUGGACUUCUGUUCAUUAACCCCAUGUAAAUAAUCCGUCCCUCCCUUUAUUUCUCUACAUGGACCUUCUAUUUUGUCAAAUUGCAUAUUCAACAGAGAAAAGAACAAAGAAAAAAAGACUAUAUGUUCUGGUUCAAAGUUUAGAAUAUGCCAUCUGCCUUACAAUGGGGAAAAAAUGAACAGCUGUGGAAAAAAAUUACUGUCAAAAGACAGACAAUUGAGAUUGUGAGAUAAACAGGCUUGAACACAAUGCAAAUAGUACUCUACCUCUAAUUCUAGCCAAAUUAUAUAAUACAUCACCUGUAAAUCAUCCAGACGAGACCAAAUUCAUAAUCAUGCCUGAUGUCAUUAAAAUGCAUAGGUAUUUAUAAGUAAUGUUUACACAUACAUUUUUUGUAUGUUUGAAUAUAUGCGAUAAAGACGUACUGACAGCAUCUAAAACAUAAAAAUAUGAAUUCUUCAUAUUCUUUUUUAAUAUCAGGAAUAAAUUUGUAUAGUUACAUUUCACUAUUAUAACCUAAUCCCACCUCCACACGAAAGCUAACCACUUCUCAUCAAUACAAAACACAACAGGCAGAUAAUUGUAGUAACAAUUAUUUUUACUACAUUAUACCAUUUUGUAAACUUUUUUCAUUAAUUAUACUGUAAUGUUAAAUUAGUUGAAAAAGCAUGACAAAGGCCUAAAGAUUAAUAUAAUUGAUUAAAUGCAGUAAAAUCAAUGUAUUCAAACAAUGUGUUCAAUAUUCUAUAAACCUAAAAGGAUUUUAAACAUUUGUAUACCUAUAAACCAUUCAUAUGGAAAACAUUUACAUUUUAGAUGCUGUUAAUAUGUCAAUAAUAUACAUGUCUAUGUUAGCAUAUGAAAAUGUAUGUGAUAGAACCACACUAUACAAAUAUCUGUGAUUACUAGAGAUCACUUUGGAGAUUGCUAUCCAAGUCCAAAACAUCAGUGUAAUUAUUAAGCAUAAACUGCAAAAAUCCAUUGCUUUUAACUGAAUGGAUGAUUUUUCCUCCCCUGCAGACAUCAGUGUAAACAUCUCUUUUGUAUGAGCAAUUGAUGUUUGUAAUGGCCAUUAAUGAAUGUGUGCAGUGGAGGCCAAACUAAAUUCUGAUAUAUUCCAUCUGGGUUAACAGAAACAUUCCACAGGGUAUAUAACAAACUAGCUCACAAACGCCCUUGUACUGCAUGGAACUGGCUGCAAUCUACCCUUUGACACCCUCUGUUCUUCAAAACUCGAGAGAUGUGGAGAAAAUUAACUGGGGAGCGAUUCGUUAUUAACCAAAAAUUAAGAUCAACAUCCAAGAAUGAGACUGGAAUAUUUGCAAUAGAGGUUAAUAUUUGCUAUAAAAAAAAUCGGUUUACUAGUUUUUCCAUUUUUUUCACAUUGCUUAAGGACUGAGAGGAAGCACGGCACAUCAGCACAUUCUUCAUGUCAGCAAACAGGACUAAAUAUAACAGGAUGAAGGAAGCCGGUUACCCCAGUGCUUUACGUCAUGCAAAUAAAUGAAGUCAUCUGUUUAGUAUUGUAACUGGAAGUCUUCUAACUACUUUCCACAUGGUUUUUCGUGAAAUUCAGCGAUCCACCUUUAGCGAUGCAAUAUGACAUGCAGUAACUCACAGGGGCCAUUUUGACAAAGUACAGAUCAUGGAAAUGUUUAA